AUGGUGGCCAGGUACCUCCUCGAGGACUGUGACCCCAUGGUGGCCAGGUACCUCCUCCAGGACUGUGACCCCAUGGUGGCCAUCCAGGAGGGAACAGAUGGCCAGGAGGGUAUAGAUGGCCAGGAGGGAAUAGCUGGCCAGGAGGGUAUAGAUGGCCAGGAGGGAAUAGAUGGCCAGGAGGGUAUAGAUGGCCAGGAGGGAAUAGAUGGCCAGGAGGGAAUAGAUGGCCAGGAGGGAAUAGAUGGCCAGGAGGGUAUAGAUGGCCAGGAGGGUAUAGAUGGCCAGGAGGGAACAGAUGGCCAGGAGGGUAUAGAUGGCCAGGAGGGUAUAGAUGGCCAGGAGGGAACAGAUGGCCAGGAGGGUAUAGAUGGCCAGGAGGGAAUAGCUGGCCAGGAGGGUAUAGAUGGCCAGGAGGGAAUAGCUGGCCAGGAGGGUAUAGAUGGCCAGGAGGGAAUAGCUGGCCAGGAGGGUAUAGAUGGCCAGGAGGGAAUAGAUGGCCAGGAGUGA